CUCAGAAUUCGAGACCGAUCCGAUCGCAGCAGCAGCAGCGGCCAACAAACAUCCCUCCACUCAUUGAUAAGCAGUCGCUGCCGCUCGUCGUCCCUCGGUUCCCCAUUUCUCCACCUCCGAGCCGACGCCUCCCUCGCCGCCGGCGUCUCCGUAACCGUGACUCACCAUGUCGGGGAUGAAGGACGCCAAUGCUGCUGGGCAUGAUAACGUUGGAAAUUCUGAACCUAUGGACCAAAGUGGAGAUAAUGCCAUGCCCUCGGCUCAGCAACAGGAACAAGUAAUCAAAAAGAAGUUUGGAGGACUAAUUCCUAAAAAGCCACCGCUCAUCUCAAAGGACCAUGAGCGGGCCUAUUUUGAUUCUGCUGAUUGGGCUCUCGGAAAGUCUGGACAGCAAGGUGUUGCAAAACCCAAAGGACCGCUCGAGGCACUCAGGCCAAAGUUGCAGCCCACGCGACAACAGCAACAACGUUCAAGGAGCUCCAUCUACAGCUCAUCAGAAAACGAGGAUGGAGAUGGCGCUGGGUCGGAGGACAUGAAUAUCAACUGAUCAAGAGCGUGGAACCUCCUGUUCUGGUCGCGAAGGAAGGGGCCUCGUCGUCUGAAGAAGCAGCUUGCUUUCGUUGUCUGUGGACCGCCGGGAAGGGAUGUAUGCUUGUGUCUGUUGCGUUGCGUCCAUAGAUAAGAAGAAAAGAGACGUUGUAAUUUCAAAGGACUGCGGGUUUGUAAUUCAUCGAAUAGCCACCUUGCUAUGUGCCCAAAUGUUACUAGUACUAUAGACUGGACCAUUGUCCAAUUUGUGAAUGGAUAUCUCUGUUUUCGAA